AUGAUUGGAUUGGUUUAAGCAGUUUCGCCUUGGAUAUACUGGGACGAAUUCCCAUCUGUGACACAAAGAGAAAGUCGAUUGCUAGCUGAUAAUGUCCACAUCUUGGUUAAAUUGAAAGAGAAACUGAACGACUUUGACGCUAGCUCAUUUACCUGUCGUAUAAUGUCAACUGUAUCUGAAGAGCCAGUGAGCUCUAUUGACAAAUAUAAGAAUGCAGAAGGCGGCUGGAGGCUGCGUCAUGUGAAGGGGGACCUGUUCUCCUGUCGUGAAGAUGAGGUCCUGGCCCAUUGUAUCAGCGAGGACUGUCGCAUGGGGGCUGGCAUCGCUGUCAAAUUCAAGAAACAAUUUAGUGGAGUAGAUGAGCUGAAGAAACAGAAGAAGGUGCCAGGGCAAUGUGCUGUACUGAAAAGAAACAAGCGUUUUGUGUACUACCUGAUUACAAAAGAAAAAUACAGCCACAAACCUACCUAUGACAACCUACGGCAGAGCCUUGAGGACAUGAAGUCUCAUUGCUUACAAAAUGGAGUAACUGGAAUAUCAAUGCCUCGCAUCGGCUGUGGCCUUGAUCGACUGAGUUGGGAUAAAGUGGAGGAGAUGCUUAAGCAGGUAUUCCAGCCCACAGAUAUAAGUAUCACUGUGUAUACUCUCCCUGUAAAACCCACAGGGAAACCAAGUUUCCAUUGAUGUUUUCUGUAAACCAAAGUAAAUCAUGUUUCAGGGACAUUUGUUAUGGUUAUAUUCUCUAUCACCUUUUGUCAUAGGCUCUAAGCCUGUGUUUUUCAACUCUUAUGACAAUGGGUUUUGUGUGAAAUAAAACUCGGACCAUAUUGUGUUGAUUGACACAGCGUGUAUUUUUAAUUGCCAAGUUUACUCAGCAUACGGCUAUGCACCUGUGCAAAGUUUGCUGAAAUGUUUACUUUCAAAAGUUAAUAAAUGAAAUCACAAAAUGUAGCACUUUACUUUAAGAAUCAUAUCCUUUAACGCCUAAUCUUUAUUUUACCCCUGUGUGUGAUGGUUCUCUGAAAUUACAAGUGCAUAUUUUCAUGUUAAUUAUCAUCCUUUAGUAGAGCUAUUCUCCACCAGAUGGGGGCACCAAUUAUAGUUUUCUCCACAUGGCUUCUGUGGUGUGAUCUAUACAGAUUUGUCAUAUGCUGUAAAUACCCUGUAAUGUACAAGUACCUUACAUGAGCAUGACUUAUGAAAACUAGAUUGUUAUUUUGCAGUAAUAAAAUCAAAUGUGUUGCAUACUUUUA